AUGCCCCUUCGAUUGGACGAGCUCCGCCGUGCUUUGCCCAGACAUCUCCAGGAGCGGCUGCGUAGCGUGGGCCGCUCCGAUGUCUCCGGCACUGGGCCGAUCGUCUACUGGAUGCGGAGUUGCCUCCGCGGCCACGAGAACCCUGCGCUGGACGUGGCCAUCCAUGCAUCAGCUGCGCUGAAAGUCGGAUUGGUAGUCUUCCUCCACGUCGAGGAUCAGUAUCCGCACGCCACCGCACGCCGGCAGCUGUUUCUGCUGCAAGGAGCGCGCUCUGCGCAGGAAGAGCUGCUACAACGAGGACUGUCCCACGUUGUUGUACAUGUCGACCGAAACUCUAGCCGUGGUGUGCACAGGAUGCUGAUGCCGAAGGCACAGCUCGUCGUUGCCGAGGAGCCCUUCUGCGUUCCGUGGCUACGUGGCAUCGAGGAGUUGCGAAGCAUGGGGGGCCCUUUGUGGCUCGUGGACUGUGCCUCUGUCGUGCCUUGCGCGCUGGUUCCACAGGCCGCGUGCCACCGCGCCUAUGCUUUUGAGCGUGCCACCGAGGCACUCCACCAGCAGCUCGCGCCGAGGCUCUGGCAGGAGGUGCAGCCAGAAGGUGAAGCAAACGCGCCUUUGGAUUGGGCGCUUCCGAGAACCCUCGACUUGCAGUCGCAGCACCUGGAGGCCCUGAUGAAAGACAUGGACGUGGACCAUUCUGUGGCGCCGGUGACCCACACGUGCGGUGGAAGCUCGGAAGGCUACGCACGCUGGCAGGCUUGGGUGAAUGCAGGUGGCCUCAAGACGUAUGCCAAAAGGCGCAACGAGUCCCUGGAUGUACACGGCGUGUCCAGGAUGAGUGCUUUCCUGAACACUGGCAUGGUGAGCCCGAUGAGGAUCGCACGCCUCGCCUUCGCUGCCAGCGGUGCGGGCAAAGGCAAGUUUCUGAACGAGUUUCUGACCUGGAGAGGUCUUUCCUAUGCGCACUUCUACCAUUUUUCCAUGCCUGCCACGGGAGCCACCCUGGCACAGCUCCCCUCUUGGGCACAGCAGACCCUCCUGCAGCAUGAGGGAGACCAGCGGAAGGUCAUCCCAGUGCACCAGCUUCGAGCAGCGCGGUCGGGCAAUGCUGCCUGGGAUGGCAUGCAGCAGUAUCUUGUGGACACAGGCGAACUGCAUAACAAUGCCCGGAUGGGCUGGGGCAAGGCUGUUCUCAAAUGGACCGACAGUCCACAGGCAGCGAUAGAUGUCCUCAUCGAGCUCAACAAUGUCUUCGCCCUGGAUGGUCAUGCACCCCCUUCCUACGGCGGACUGCUAGGCUGCCUUGGCCUCUUUGAAGGCCCGAAGCAAGAAUCAGCAGUUGUGGGCAAAGUCUCCUACAAACCGCCGAAGUCGAAAUACGCUGCCAUGCCUGAAGUGGCAAGGGAGCUGCUGAAGUGCGACGUCCAGGUGGGCGGCAUCGCACGGUACUUCGCCGCUUGA